GUUACAGAACACUCUGAGGACUUCCACAGUCAACUAUCGACUGGACAGCCAGUUAUCUAGACAGGCCUACAUUUGAGCUGUUGAAGUGAGCAAAGUACAAUGGAGGACAGAAGCCUUCCUCGUAUUGUGGUCAUUACACUGUCUGUGCUGAUCUACAUUUCUGCUUUGGCAAUAAAUGCCAUGGCAGGAGCUGGAAAGGGACCAUUCCAUUGGAGUACAGGGAACAUCUCCAGGAAGUAUGAGACUGACAUAACUCCGGCUGGGUGGACCUUCUCCAUCUGGGGGCUUAUCUACACCUGGCUGACCCUCAUGAUCAUGUAUAUCAUCUCCUUGAUCUACAGAGGGAGCUGGACACUCUCUGUGCUACUGUACGGUUUCUACCUGUCCUGGAUAGUUAACAUGGCCCUCAACAUGACCUGGCUGCUCCUAUGGGAUCAAGAGCAGGUGACUGCUGCACUGAUUGUAAUGGCGACCAUUGCUGUCACCAACUACUCCAUGGUCUUCUUCUCCUGUUAUGGGCUGAGUAUUUACGGAGCCUGGCUCAGCCAGAACCACCCCAGGGACCUCUGGUGCAUUCAGUUGCUGGUGCAAAAUGGCAUUGCGCUGUACACCACGUGGACAACCAUCGCCACUUUGAUCAACUUCACUCUGGUGCUGGACCUCUCUGGAGUGGCAAAGAGCACUGCAGCCACCGUGUCUCUCUGCAUCCUACUAGUGGAGGUGAUUGGAUGGUUUGGUAUUGAGAACUUCCUGCUGUAUCAACAUGUGAGGUACAUCCUGACUAUUUACCCUGUGGUGAUCAUUGCUCUGGUUGGAAACGUGACCAAGCACUACGACCCUGCAGCACCAAGCGCUAACGCUAUCUUCAUGGUUGUGCUCUUGGUGAUUUCCUGUGUGCUCCUGGUGGUGCGAGUCUCCCUGGUGAUCAGGAGAAACAGGAACCAGACCCUUCACCCGGAAGCUCUGACCUCACCCAGCAGCCUGUCCAAGAAGCACAGGAAGAUAUUCAUGUAGACAACUGGUACACACUUACUUACUGACUUUAUUGUCCCCAUGGAGAAAUGUUGUUGCAGUGUCAUGUACACAUUUAAAGUGGCAUUUAAAUACAAAACAAAAUUGACAAUACAACUUUCAUAACAGUUACAUACCAAUAAAACAUUUUAAAAAUAAAAUACAAAUAAUAGACUAGCCUGAUGGCCUUACUGAGUUGAUAGGAACAUUAGCACAAGCUAUUUAGGAGGGAUAUCACACCUGGCACAAAUUAUUGUCUAGUUCUGUUUUUCCUGCUGAGGGGUGCCCUAUACCUGCGCCCAGAGGGGAGUAGUUCAAAGUUCGGGUACAGGGGGUGGCUUGGGUCUAAAAUUAUUUUGUGAGCCUUGUGGAGGGCUCAUCCAGGCCUGUCUGUUUGACUCCAAGUACCUUGCUUGCUGUGGUGAUAAUCCUUCUCAGCAUAUUUCUCUGGCUGACAGUGGCAUUGCCAAACCAACAAACAAUACAAAAAGUUAAAAUACUCUCAAUGAAAGAUUUGUAAAACAGAGUCAGUAUAGUACAGUCUACACCCCACUGCGAUCUGUCUUAUCACCGAAAUGUCAAAGCCCAAUUGCCUAUAACAUACAUAGCACAUAUCUGCCUAUCUUACACCAUACACGUUCAUCAUUCAGUUUGGACAAGAAGCAUUGGAAGAUGUUCAUGUAAAAGACUGGUAGCCUGUUUCACACACCACAAUAUGAUGUCUACCAAAGUGUCAAAGCCUAUACUGGCUUUAAAACAUUUUACAUUUUACACUUUACAUUCAGUAUUGAAAUAUCUGUAUUUAUCCAAUCACAACACUUCGCUCAGCUGAUAUAAUACAUAUAACCCAUUUCUGUAUGCUAAUCAAUGCACUGAAUCAUGAUCAUGAUCAUACAAUUCCAGUGUAUAUAACACUAUAUAUUUUAACAAGAUUAAUUCUUACUAUUUUGCAUAGAUUUUUUAAAUAAAAACACAUAUUUUGCCUA